AUAAAAGCAGGGGGUAAGGCCGAGCUGUCUCCUCACUUCGCCUCCCGACAGCUCCUGCACGAAACCACUCGACAUCCUGUCUAAACUCAUCCAGUCCAGCAUCUUGAGGCCUCUACGCAUCUCGCGCCCAGCUGCCACUUUCAGACACUUUUCAUCCUCACCAUCUACCGCAAUGAAGGUUGUCCCUCGCCCCAGCAAUGAGCGUGGUCAAGCCGACCAUGGUUGGCUCAAGACCUUCCACACAUUCAGCUUUGCCGGAUAUCAUGAUCCGCAGCACGAGCAGUUUGGCCCUCUGCGAGUCAUCAACGAGGACCGCGUCGAUCCCAAGACCGGCUUCGGCACGCAUGCACACCGGGAGUUCGAGAUCUUCUCGUACAUCGUGAACGGCGAGCUCGAGCAUCGCGACUCGAUGGGCAAUGUCGAGAUCAUGAAGCGCGGUGACCUGCAGAUGACCUCCGCGGGCACUGGCAUCCGCCAUAGCGAACACAGCCACGGCUCAAAACAAGUCCACUUCUUGCAAAUCUGGAGUGUCCCGUCGACAAGGGGGCUCACGCCCCAAUAUUUCACUCGGCACUUCACCGACGAGGAGAAGAAGGACCAGUGGGCGCACAUCGUCGCGCCAGUCAACGCUCCGGGCGUUCUGGAGAAGCGCGAAGCAUCGGGACCUGCACCUGUCCACUCACCUCUCGACCUCUUCGCGACCAUCCUUUCCCCUGGAAAAUCUCUGGGCCACACCUUCAAGUCCGGAAGUGCGGCGCGGAAGGGAUACGUGCAUGUGAUCCAGACGUCGGGCUACAACCCGAAGGAGGCGAGCGGGGCGCGCGUUCGUGUCCUCGGAGCAGAGGGCGGUCCUGUGGACCUGCGGGAGGGCGACGGUGCAUACAUCAUGGCUACUCCUGGCGAGGAAGUGACGGUAGAGAACGCUGGGGAGACGGCUGCGGAGGUGGUAUUCUUUGACAUGGAGUGAGGUGUUUGGGCCAAUGCUGCUUGCUCUCCGGUUUACAUCAACAUCUCUGUAACGAUAUCCUACCUACCUAUUCUCCCUAAUUUUCAGGACCUCUGUUCAC